AUGGCUGUUAUCACCAGUGCUAAACAACCAUCGCAUCCGCACACAGAGACAAGAGCUACCGAUACAGUCAAUGGAAAGAGCACCUUAGACACUAUAGUCAAUGCCGUUGAUCAGGAAUUGGCUGCCCUAAGAGAGAUCAACAGUGUAAUACAUAGCAAUCCCGAACUAUGCUACAAGGAGUUUAAGGCUCAUGACAAUAUCACCACUCUUUUGGAGUCCUUUGGCCACUCUGUGGAGAAGCACGCUUAUGGCCUUGAGACUUCUUUCGUUGCAGAGUAUGGCCAGGGCGGUCGUCUGGUGGUCAUCUGCUCCGAGUAUGAUGCCCUCGAGGGCGUUGGACACGCUUGUGGACAUAACCUGAUUGCCACUGCUUCGAUAGCCUCUUUUCUAGGCAUUGUUGCUGCACUCAAGCAGUCUGGCGCCCCAGGUCGAGUGCGGAUUCUCGGUUGCCCUGCUGAGGAAGGUGGUGGUGGGAAGAUCAAGCUCAUUCGAGCUGGUGCCUUUAAAGAUGUCGAUGCUGCUCUUAUGGUUCACGCCAGUACGCCUUUAGACAUCCCACAACCUGCUGGCGCAGCGGCCGUUGGCGGUAGGUCGGUAGCUAUCUUCCGAGGUAUCUUCACUGGCGAACCAGCACAUGCUGGCGUGGUCCCUUGGAACGGCAUCAAUGCAUUGGAUGCUGCUUCGUUGACAUACAGCGCGAUCAGCAUGCUACGCCAGCAGGUUCGACCUACAGACCGCCUCAACCUUUUUAUCAAGGAAGGGGGACAGAUGACAAAUAUCAUCACGGCGAGAACCGUGGUUGAAGUUGGUGUGCGUACUCUUACCUUGGGUGAGAACGAAAAGCUUCAGCAUCGAGUAAGAAACUGCUUUAAAGGAGCUGCCCUUGCCACUGGGUGCAGUAUUGAGUUUGAAAUGGACACAUAUGCAGACCUCCAUUCCAACGAGCCCCUCUGCAACGAGUUUACUGAUAUUAUGUCACGGCACUUCAACAGUCAGUUCCAUGGCAACAUGAGUGAUCCUCACAUCUCCGGGGGCGGGUCGGACUUUGGCAAUGUCAGUUACGAAUGCCCAUCGCUGCAUCCUCUAUUUAUUAUCCCAAGUCUUCCGACUGAUAAUGUGCAUGCUCCCGGAUUUGCAAGGGCGGCUGGUGAGCCUGCGGCAUUUGAUGCAGCAAUUAAGGCAGCAAAGGGCAUUGCAGUAUUGGGAUUUAAGGUCUUAGUCGAUGGUCAGUUUGCAAAUGCAGUAAAAGAGGCUUUUAAGAAAGAUAUUGUUAGAGGAAAAUGA